GUAGCAUACCUUCUGCGUUUCACGCUUUGUUGUCAAAGUUUGAACUGUCAAGCAAAGCGAGGAAAGUUGUAUGGGAAUGGCCCUUUACAGCCUAAUUCUGUGCACUUGACAAUUUAACAGAAAGUUGACAAAUAAUUAAGAUUUUUAUCAAGUUUAAAACUUUUCGGCAUUCUGUGCAUAACUUGAUAAAACUGAAAAGCUUUUACACCCUGUGCUUUUCCCCACACUAUGGUGAAAAUCGUAAUGUAAACAGAAACAGAACAGAAAACGUAAGAAUUUCGGUUUUACAUUACUUUUAUAUAAGCUAUUUAAAUAUUUACAGAAAAACAAAACACUAUCGUGUUACGCAGGAGCAGUUGCAGCGUUUUGUCUCAUUUGUCCGAGCUAAUCCUGAUAUGGGGAAAGGAAAGAAUAACCCGAAGUCGCCACAGAAAAUGCAGUGCUUAUGGAAUCAGUUGGCGGACGAGCUGAAUGCAUUGAGGGGACCAACACGCACCGCAGUAAAGUGGAAAGAGACCCUCGGAGUUUGGAAGAGCCAAUUGCGUACGCGAGCACGCAGAUUAAAGAUGAGUCAAAGAAUUACUGGUGGUGGUCCAGGUUGCAAACCGCUGAGCGAAUUUGAAGAGCGUGCUUUAGCCACUUUUGGUUCGGCUGCAGUUGGUGGCGUAGGUGUUGAAACACUGCCGCCAACUGGUAUGAUGUUACUAGUAUUUCCACUGCUAGGUGCUGAUUCAUAG